AUCACGAUGUAAACAAAACGUGCAGACGUCUGUAAAUGCCCUAAAAUGGAAUUAACGACAAGGGCGUUGCAUGAUUAUCCACAAUAUUUGGAGGAAUGUGCAGAUAUUCUAAAUGAAGAGUGGCCACGAAGUAAAGCGGCGAGACUGCACAGUCUGCAGAAGUCAAAUGAGAAAUUCCCAAUUUGCCUAGUACUGGUCAGCAAAGAGGAUGGAAAAGAGCAACUCUUGGGUCACAGCAAACUAUCCAUUGUAUAUGGAAAGGAGAACUGUUGUCUUAUAGAAUCGGUUUGUGUGAGAAAGAAUCUUAGAGGAAAAGGAUAUGGGAGAGCAAUGAUGGAAGAAUCAGAAAAGUAUGCCAAAGGUCGCGGCUACUGCACCAUGUACUUGACCACUCAUGAUAAACAGAACUUCUAUAAACAUUUGAACUACACCUUUUGUGAUCCAGUCAUCAGUUUUGGUGCUGAUCCUAAACUUAUACCAGACCAUCUAUUAAAACAGCUGACAGCUGCAACCUUGAGACCUCAAGAGAAGGAUCAAGAAACGACAGAUAAACAGAAUAAUGCAUCAACAGAUGAACAUAGGACAAACAUACCAUCCCCACCUGCUGCCCAACCACCCCCACCACCCCCACCACCUCCCACGGCCCCACAACCUCCACCUCCCACUGCCCCUCCACCUCCUCCUCCACCUCCACCUCCCACUGCAGGGAACAAUAAACCUGUUUUGGGUCGACCAGAGGUCGUGAAAUGGGACCCUAGACAAAUAUCCUGGAUGAAGAAGGAUAUAAGUUGAUAUGCUUUUAGGUGCUGUGAAUACUCCUAAUUUCUGACACAUACGACAUGUGUUAUACCUUUGAAUGUGCAAUACCAAUAUUUUGAUAAUCAUCACCACAUUCUAUAUUACAUACAUGUAUGUGUUUAUGAAAUUAACAUCUGGUCUAUACUGAUUGGUGUGAUUAAUGGAAUAUUUCAUCCCCUUCGGGAAGAGAUAUAGGGGAGAGGCUUGCAGAGAGAUUGCCAGCUUAGGAUUCAAUUCCGGAUGAUUGAGAACUCACCAAAGCUUACCCUCAAGAUGAUGAAUUACUAUUUUUCUUUUACUGUUUUGGAUUUCUGUACAUGUGAUGUUGAUACAAGGAGAAGCAUGGAUACACCUGUAAAAGAAAAUGCUAUGUACAUCCGAUAAAAAAAUAAUGUUACACUGAAGUUUUCCUGACACAGUUUACCUACAGGAACUUUUCCACAUAUGGUAUAUAAGAUGGGCAUGUUUGUGUAAGUUGCAAGUUUAACAUUUCAUUUGAGUGAUGAUCCCAUUUAUUCUCCAGAUCUAUUUUAUUACAUCAGUUUUGAAUACACAAGAUGCACAAUACCGCCCAGAUUUGUCUUGAUUACACUUGUCAUUAUGUCAAUGAAAAUUCAGCAUGCCGACCGUCAGUUCUUAAUAAACUGUGAGGGAAUUCAUUCCCAAUUUAACAAAG